AUGGAUCUGGCAUAUGAACUACUCAAUGGGACCCAACCUUGGCUUUCCUCUCCAUUCGACCUCAAUGGCUCCGUGGCUACAGCCAACAUUUCAAACCAAACAGAGCCAUACUAUGACCUGACCAGCAAUGCAGUCCUCACCUUCAUAUAUUUUGUGGUCUGCAUCAUUGGGUUGUGUGGCAACACACUUGUCAUUUAUGUCAUCCUCCGCUACGCCAAGAUGAAGACCAUCACCAACAUUUACAUCCUCAACCUGGCCAUCGCAGAUGAACUCUUCAUGCUGGGUCUGCCCUUCCUGGCCAUGCAGGUGGCUCUGGUCCACUGGCCCUUUGGCAAGGCCAUCUGCCGGGUGGUCAUGACUGUGGAUGGCAUCAAUCAGUUCACCAGCAUCUUCUGCUUGACAGUCAUGAGCAUUGACCGAUACCUGGCUGUGGUCCACCCCAUCAAGUCGGCCAAGUGGAGGAGACCCCGGACAGCCAAGAUGAUCAACGUGGCUGUGUGGGGGGUCUCUCUGCUGGUCAUCUUGCCUAUCAUGAUAUAUGCUGGCCUUCGGAGCAACCAAUGGGGGAGAAGCAGCUGCACCAUCAACUGGCCAGGCGAAUCUGGGGCAUGGUACACAGGCUUCAUCAUCUAUGCCUUCAUCUUGGGGUUCCUGGUGCCCCUCACCAUCAUCUGUCUUUGCUACCUGUUCAUUAUCAUCAAAGUGAAGUCCUCUGGAAUCCGAGUGGGUUCCUCCAAGAGGAAAAAGUCUGAGAAGAAGGUCACCCGGAUGGUGUCCAUUGUGGUGGCUGUCUUCAUUUUCUGCUGGCUCCCCUUCUACAUCUUCAAUGUCUCUUCGGUGUCUGUGGCCAUCAGUCCCACCCCAGCCCUUAAGGGCAUGUUUGACUUUGUGGUGGUCCUCACCUAUGCUAACAGCUGUGCCAACCCUAUCCUGUAUGCCUUCUUGUCUGACAACUUCAAGAAGAGCUUCCAGAAUGUCCUCUGCUUGGUCAAGGUGAGCGGCACAGACGACGGGGAACGAAGUGACAGUAAGCAGGACAAAUCCCGGCUGAAUGAGACCACGGAGACCCAGAGGACCCUCCUCAAUGGAGACCUCCAGACCAGUAUCUGAACUGCCUGAAAAAUCAAUCAAUCAAACGCCAAGCUCUGCCAACCGGCUGUGUGCUCCCCACCC